UGCCCCAAGCAGCAUCAGUACAGCUUUACCUUCGCAAGCUACAAGCUAAUUAACUAACUAAAGAAAAUGAAAUUCCUAUCGGUUGCAUUUCUGCUCGGUCUGCUGGCUUUGGCUAGUGCCACGCCCCUUAAUCCUGGCAAUGUGAUCAUCAAUGGCGAUUGUCGCGUCUGCAAUGUGCGUGGAGGCAAAUAAAAAUAGACUCGCAAGAGUUCCAACUAACUAUAAUACCCUCUAUAUGGAUUACAGCAACAACA